CCACUUCAUUAUGGUUAGAAAUGAACUUCGUUCAUUAUCACUCCUCUCCCGCUAGGGUUUACUCUCUCGUUGUCCUGACUCAUGUCCAAUUAGGGGGUUUUCAACCAUUUUCUCGCCAGGUUCAAAUGUUCUGAAGCUCGUAAGAAUAAUUUCAUGUUUUCUGAGCUUUUCCUUUGCUAGAGAAGAAAGAGAUGGUUUUAUUGGAAGAGGAGAUUCAACCAAAUGCUGAGGCUGAGGGGAAGCAAGGUAUGUCAUCGGAGACUGUUGAUUCGAGGGAUGUCGUAGGUAGCAUGACUGUAUCUAUGAGUAGGGAAAAUGUAGCAGAUGUUGACGGAAAUUCAGAAGAAACGAAAGAAAUUAGGGUUUCUACGAUGUCUGAUGUGAAAUCUCAUGCUUCGGAUAUGAGAAAUGAACACUUAUCACCGUCUGACUCAUCACUCUCUAUGUUUGAUGAUUCUGCCGCAUCAGGCACAAGUAGGUCCUCAUCUGGAAAUCUUCCAUAUUAUGUGGGUCAUCAUUAUGAUGUUGGAGAUAUGGUUUGGGGGAAGGUGAAAUCACACCCCUGGUGGCCUGGACAUAUAUACAGUGAUACAUUUGCCUCCCCUGCGGUUCGUAGAACAAAGAGACCUGGUCAUUUCUUAGUUGCAUUCUAUGGUGAUAGUAGCUAUGGGUGGUUUGAUCCCGAGGAGCUGAUUCCUUUUGUGCCUAAUUUUGAUGAAAAGUCGCAACAGUUGAACUCGAGAACUUUUGUUAAAGCUGUUGAAGAGGCUAUUGACGAGAUUAGUCGCAGAAGUAGUAUGGGUUUGUCAUGCCGGUGUAGAAACCCAUAUAAUUUUCGCCCCACUGAAUUUCAAGGGUUUUUAGCUGUUGAUGUGAGUGACUAUGAAUCUGGUGCAGUUUAUCCUGUGAAGCAAAUUGAGAAGGCUAGGGACCGUUUCCAGCCAAGUGAAGCACUUGAAUUUAUUAAAAUGGUAGCAAUAAUGUCUAUAAAUGUUGACAGUGGGAAAAUUAGUGUGAUGCAAAAUAAGGCUACUGCAAUUUCAUACCGGAGAGCUGCAUUUGAAGAGUUUGAUGACACAUAUGCUCAAGCAUUUGGGGAUAAAGCAGACCGUCCUCCUCGUUUAUCUUUAGAAGUAUUGCAUACUGCCAAAGCUCCUUUGAGUGGUCCUCUGGUCAUUCAAGAAUCUAUGAGCAAGAAAAAGAGCUCCAUCAAGCUCAGCAAGCCAAAAGAGACAAACAAGGACAGAUAUCUAUUCAAACGAAGAGAAGACCCAAACGAGCCAAAAACAAAUCAGAAAAAGCAGAUAACAACUUCAAUCAUGCCAACAGCUUACAUAGAAGGAUCCGAAGAAGUCGCUUCCGGAGAUUUCGUCCUGCAAAAGAGAGCACCCCCAGUUUCUUUAACGCAAAGCACAAUUGGUACUGAAGUAAAAAUUGCCGAAGCAAAACCAUCAUCUUCAAUUGAAAGAGAAAGCGAUCCCAAGCCAAAAGCUGAUUAUCAUUAUCAAGAAGAAAUAGGCCUUGCCAUUGCGAAAUCACACAGGCAAGAACCCGACAGUGGAGGAAAGGUAAUUCCUUCACAAACAGGGCUGCCUAAGAAAUCUAAGGCUUUUAAACGUCCUGUUGAGAUCGACAUUGAGAAAUCUGGUCAAGGCGAGACGAGGAAGAAAGUGAAGAAAGAACUCGGCAUGGAGAUGAGCUCUGAAGAACAACGUAAGAAAAAAUUGACUGACGGUAAACGAAGUUCUUUACAUGAGGUAAAAGACGAAAGACAUGAUCUGAAGCUUGCAGAGUUGCUAGGAAGCUUGCAAGGUCUUGCCAUGGACCCGUUUCACUCCUUCGACAUAUAUUUUCCGAAGAUGGUAAAAAAUGCGAUCAUGCAAUUUCGCUCUCAAGUUUUCCAGAAAAGCUUAGCUUCAACCACCACAAUUGAUAUAGAUCCUCCCGUUGAAUCUGACAAUCAUCUGGCUGAGAAACACUCUGUUAAACAACAGGCGAAACCUCAAACGAACAGACCAGGGCCAGCCGUGGAUCCAUCUAAAGUUGUUGUUAAAAAACGUGAACUGUCUGAUCGUCAGGAGGAGUCAGCUGUCAAAAGGGUAAAGAAAAUCAUGGAUUUAAAAUCCAAGGCUACAACAAAGCCAUCAUCGGUAAAAGCUGAUACUAUUACAAAGACUAUCACGAGAAUAAGGGAAUCUACCGCACUGGUGAUGAAAUUCCCUCCCCACGUUUCUCUCCCGUCAGCGUCAGAAUUGAAGGCAAGAUUAGCUCGAUUUGGGCCGUUGGAUCAGUUAGGGACAAGGAUAUUUUACAAAACGUACACUUGUCGCGUCGUCUUUCUUUACAAAAACGACGCGAUGGCUGCGAAUAAUCAUCUGUCGUCGGGUAGCAGCUGUCUGUUUGGAAACAUCCAGCUGAAAUGUCAUGUUCGGGAUAUGAAUUCAACGUUGCUCGAUUCCGAACCAAACAAGAUCCUAAGAGAAGACACAACAACAACAAUAAUAAAUCCAGCGCCUAUGAUUGUUAGAAACCCACUACAACAGCAACAACUCAAGUCUUGUUUGAAAAAGCCAACUGGCGAUGACGGUUUAGGGACAAUUGGAAAUGGCAGUAGGGUUCCGGGUCGCGUGAAAUUCAUUAGCGGUUUGGUGGAAGAAUCGAGUCCAACUGACAUCAUCACCACGGGUAACUCAUCGUCGAUGACGACACCAUCUUCUUGUUGUUCUUCUUCUUCUUCACAUGGGUUUGAUCAUAAUAAUACUAUUGGUAAGAGUUGUAACAACAGGCCGGUUUCUUUACCUACUACUGCUACUACUACUACUAUUGAUCAUAAUAAUCCAAACUUGCCCUUAUCAAAAAAUGUGGAAGUUAAAGCAGCACCUAAGAAAGCGGAUGUAGGAUUGGAGAUGUUAAGGCUAUUGGCGAAGUGUGGUGAUGUGGUGGCUAAGGUUAGCAACUAUUUAGGUUAUACACCAUACCACUCACUUUGAUUUUGGGACACCAAAAGCUAGACACAAUUUUUUUUGUCGUAAACUGUCUGCCAGCUGGCGGUAGCUGACACCCUUCGAGGAUGGAAGAGAGUAUUUACUCUAAAGGGGGAAAUAAUGAAGAAUUAGGGGGAGAGACUAUGAAAGUGAUCAAAAGAAUGAGAAAAAGGAUGAAAGAAAGAAAGAUUGUAAUUUUUUACAAAUUACAUUUGAGAGAGCAUGGUAGGUUUGAAUGUGGUCCUACGAGAAAGAAUAUAUAUAUAUUAUAAUGUAUGAUGUAUGGGUUAAUAGUGAAAUAUUUACCUUAUUUUUAGUUACUUAUUAGUUGGUCUCUCUUCCUCUACCAUUAUUAUGUAUGUUUUUUUAGUACAAUCAUUGCACUUUUGUUCUUGAUAUCUUAUAUUGUAUGGUUUUGCAUUUCCUUGCUUCCAUUUUAUUCCAUUUUUACUUUUAACUA